GGCCCGACCGUCGUGAACGCAGCAGGGAUGAUGCUGUCUCAGAUGUAUUACAUGUACCUCUGCUAGCAGGUUGCAAGCUAGCUGCAGGCAGACGGUCCAGCGCGGCUCCUGUACGCUGGGAUGUCUCACUGUUUGUGAUACAAGCUGAGGACUCCGUGAUUUCGUCUGCUUUGCGCUAACAGGGCGAACGUGGCAACAUGACAACGCGGUCAGAGAGAGAAAAAGCCCAGAAAUUGAAUGAGCAGCAUCAGGCCAUUCUGUCUAAACUGCUGAGAGAGGAAGACAACAAGUACUGUGCCGACUGUGAAGCUAAAGGUCCUCGAUGGGCAUCGUGGAACCUGGGGGUGUUCAUGUGCAUCCGCUGCGCUGGCAUCCAUCGCAACCUGGGUGUCCACAUCUCCAGAGUGAAAUCUGUCAACUUAGACCAGUGGACAUCUGAGCAGAUACAGAGUAUGGUGGACAUGGGCAAUAGUAGAGCCCGGCAGCUGUAUGAAACCCACCUGCCAGAGAACUUUAGAAGGCCACAGACAGAUCAAGCAGUGGAAGUCUUCAUCCGGGACAAAUAUGAGAGGAAAAAGUACUACAAUAAGGAGGUAGUGGCCACAACACCACAGAAGUCCCCUGAAGCUGCUCCUCCCUCCACCUCACCGUCCUCUCAGGAUGACAGGAGCAGACAUGAGAAGGAGCGUGAAAAGAAAAAAGAAGAGAAGAAGAAAGAAAAGGAGGCUGAUAAACUAGAGAGACACAACAACAUAAAGAUGUCAGAGUGUCGAGCCAGCCCCAAGAGAAGCACAGAGGCAGCUAUGGACUUGCUGGGACUGGAUGCUCCAGAUGCUGGUUCGAAGGGAUCAGACUGUGCUGGACUAAACAAAGAGGAACUGGGCAUCUUUGGACCGAUGGUCUCAAACCCCCUCCCCUCUGCCAACAGCACACAACACGCUCAGUCUGGUUCCAGUACAGCACUUCUGCAGGGGGAACCCUCCACCUCCUCUGCUGCAGCGUCCUCUACCUCCACCUCCACCACCACGAAGGCAGAGGAGAAAAAGCUUUUAUCUAAAGACUCCAUCCUGUCUCUGUACGCUAGCAGCUCAAUGGGUAGUCAGGCCCAGGGCCAGCAACCGGCUGCUCCGGGACAAGCAGGUGCAUACAUGGGCCAAUCUCAGAUUCAGUUUACUGCUCCAGGUUUCACAGCAGGAAUGGCUGGAGCUGUCCUACCCAACACCAUGUUGGGUGGAGGUGCCAUGAUGCCGGGCAUGGCUUUAAGCAACGGCUGCUACGUGGGCAUGCAGCAGCAGGGCGUGAUGCCAGCUAACCAAGGACAGAACAUGUACAACAGGCAGCAAGGGCAGUGGAAUAUGAGCCAGAUGGCCCAGCAGAUGUCAGGUAUGGCCGUCAGCAGUGGAGAGCCAACCACAGGCUCCUUCAACCAGUCGACCCCUGCAGCCGGUUGUCCCACGGCCCAGCAGACAGCUUCCGGUCAGACCCUCAGCACUCAGCUGUGGAAGUGACGUGGAGCAGGCCAGCGAGAGGACGGACGGCUAGGCAGAAAUCAUGGGCGCAGUCAUCAACGUUUGGUCCCGACCUAGCUGCUUCCUCACAAGUCCAUGAGAGAACGCACAACAUGCCGUACCUUACGAAGACCCCACAGUGAGUGGAGGCAGUACGCAGAAAGGCAGCUCUUACAGCUUGUCUUCGUCCUUUUAGGUUUUGGUUUCUAUUAGCUAUUGUCUGAACAAAAACAGCAAAACAGAUGUAAAGAAAGCCAUUGGACCAAUAACUCCAAGUGUCUGUCAUAGUUAAUAAUAGUCAUUUAGUAUCUGGUAUCUGCUAGUAUUAUGUGGUUGGUCUAUACUGUCCUUACUGUCCUGACCUGUGUAAACUGUAAACCCACUCUCUGUAGGGUGUAGCAGAUAAUCGUCUAAGCAGUACUGUAUUAAUGUGUGAAUAUGAAGUGAACCCAUCCUCAGCAGCUCUGUUUUACAGCUGCUCGUGUAGCAGGUGACAAGGAUUUACCUCACGCGCAUCAGUGGUUUCUGACCUCUGGGUUGAAAGAUCAUGAAACAGUCACAAAGGUAGAACUUUUCCCAAUUUGUUUGUGUGUGUCAGUGUUACAAGGCUAAAACAUGACAUCAACAUCUUCAUUCUCACUCUAGGAUUUUAAAGCUACUUGUGUAAAACAGUUUAUGUAAACUCUUCAAAUUAAACUAAUUGAGUGACAUCAACUACUUGUAAGAGUUCUAUGAGUCUGGGGUUAAAGCACAAUGAUAAGUAAUGGGUUUUGUUUUCAUUUGUUUGCUAAAAGAAAACAGCUCUUGAUUCAGCCAGUUAAAUUUCCUCAGCAAAUGCCGUUGAAAGCACAGUUUGUACUGUAGCUGUUUUUCAGGUCAGGAACCACUGUUGUACAUUGCACUGAAUAUUUUUCCGAGCCUAAUUCUUAAACUGUCAGUUUAAAACAAACUGCAACUGUAAAGGAUUCCCUUUAGGUUUCAGUAAUUGCUGGGCAGCCCCCUGGGUCUCCAGCCCAGCUGUGAUUUUAUGAAAGCAUUUUAAAGGAACUGGGCUCAGAGGAAACUGGUCUGCGACCCAGUUAAGAUAUUCCUUGUUGUUGAAAUGAGCUGCUUUCCCUGCACCCCUUGAGGCAAAUUAAAGCACCGCUAGAAUCACAGCAGUUUGUUCUUUCUGAGCUUUAAACAGCAGAGCAGGUGCCGUACCACUCGCUAUGUGGCAACUUUGCCUCUGAAGAGACAGUGUGCAGGGUAGGAAACCAGCUAAACCUUGUGGCUUAAGUACCAGUCCAACAUGUUUCUCCUUUUAUAUAUAUGAUGCUAUGACCAUAUGUUCUGACAUCUGCCACGUUUACUGUGGUGUUUUGUUGUGUGCAGUACAAGAGAAGCACAGUUAGUUUAAUGUAAAUAAACCUGGAUAAGCAAAUGAGGGGGGUGGGUCAGAUUGGACUGUAUAAGACCUUUGGAUGGGUCCACUCCUUGUUCAUCAGGACCAGGACCACCCACAUACACUCAGAGCUACUGUUAAACAACAGAGAUAAAUCUGUACACAACCUCUCUGCCAUUUAACGAGUGUAGAACCCGAUCAUGUCCUCCAGGUUUAUUUCCAAUGUGUUUACAUUUUCUGGUGCCUAGUACAGAGGAAACAUAAGGUGGUUUUGAUGGGUUAAAUAAGUCAUCGGAGAAUAUGGUUUGUUCCUUUUAUUCUGUUCCAAAUAUCACAAGUGGGUCGUGUGGAAUAAAUACAGUUGAAUCCUGGA